AUGGAGUUCGUCGAGAACUUUACCAAGGUAGCUGCCAGACGCCAACCGACCUUCAACACGCCGUACAUACGCACUUCAGACACGAACAACGAUACUAAGUUUCGUUAUCAUACUGGGCGGAUCACAAACGAACACACGAACGGCACUCUGUGGCAGGCCCUGUCAGGAACACUUUCCGCAACGGGGUGCUCAGCCUUUCCUCUUGUCGUAGAAUCACGCGUAGAUUGUCAGGGGCGCUUAUGCGCUGCCCAAGCGAUGAGAAGGCUCACUCGGGAACCCGAUAAGAUCAAUGGGAACUAUGAGUCGGCUUCGACAUGGUUUGGUACGAUUUGUGCGAGUAUGCCUGGUGCAGAUAUCGGAAUGCUGCAAGACAACAGUACCUCCAGCGAGCUUGUUGAUCAAUUGUUGAUGGGUCCUGAUCUGAGUACUUUCCAGUGGGAUCGGAUGCCAGGUGGAGAACGCUGGAUCUGGUUUGCCGUCGGUACGAUUGCCAUCUCUUUGUUUCUGUUCGCGGCGGCGGUCGCAUCUCUGGUGUUAGGCAUCUUCACCAAAGCUCCAGACACGCUUGGCUUCGCAUCGACGUCCGCUCGCGAUAAUCUGUAUGCUAAGCUGGCAUCAUCCUGCGUUAGUGAGAACAGGAUGUGCCAGAUUGCUGUCAUCCUCUUCCGUUCUAGGUUCGAGGGGGGACAGGGCAUUCGCACCACCGACAAGCCAGAUGAUGAAGGUACACAUCGCAGCAUUAGCAGUCUUGAUUUUGUACACCUAAUACCGGCUGCUUGUGAGUGGAUCAAGAUUGCCGGCCAUGAUCUCGUUCUGCUUUUGAAUGUCUAUUGGAAUGAUUUCCCGAGCAGGAUUGGCGCAGGUGGUAGCGUGUUUGCUGAAUCGAAGUUUGGGAAGCGAGCAGCGACGGGAUUUACGCCGUGGAGGUGGAUGUAUUGGCUGAAGAGUCUGUAUGAGAUUCAGGAUGAGGCGAAGGAAGCCCCUCUGUAGGGCCGAACAUUUCAUAGCUUGGCCGUUGUAGGAAUAUGAUGACUGAGUUCAUCCUCGUCAGUCUGCGUUCAUGCCUGUACUUGAGAUCCGCGUUGCCAUACAUGUAGGUGACUGCUCAUCGUGUGACAUCGUCGCAACCAUCGAACAGUCCCUACGUCUAGGGCUUGACGGUUCUCCUGCCAGACAAUCGGGUGUUGUUUUUCCUCGUGGCUCGACUUCCUGCGCCCAUGCCCGCAUAUGAUACAAGAAAGCAGGUGGAACGUGAAGCCAAU